AGGAGAGGAGAGGAGGAGGAGGAGGCCACCAUCGCAUCUCUGGAUGGCUGCACUGCUCGCCUGAUUGCCCGGCCCGCUGCAGGACCGGCUGGCCAAGCCCACCGACCUGAGGACCUAUAUAAGGCCCCACGGCAGCACCUCAGCUUGUGUCUGUCACCAGAUCUUCAUCGUCGGCCUCCUCUGCCUCUCUCCUCGGAUUAAUCUUUCCUCUGUGUCCUCAGAGUAGCGUACAGCAGCAGCAGCAGCAGCAGCCAUGUCUCACGGAUGGGGAUACGGACCUUCUAACGGACCCGACAAAUGGGUGCAGGACUUCCCUGUGGCCGACGGGCCCCGCCAGUCUCCUAUCAACAUCGUCCCCAGGGAGGCCCAGUACGACUCCUCCCUGAAGGCUCUGAAGCUCAAGUACGACCCCUCCAACGCCACGGGCAUCCUCAACAAUGGACACUCCUUCCAGGUGGACUUUCUGGACGACACAGACACUUCCACUCUGACUGGAGGACCUAUUUCUGGAACGUACCGUCUGAGACAGUUUCAUUUCCACUGGGGAGCCAGUGACGACCGAGGCUCCGAGCACACCGUCAACGACAUCAAGUUCCCCUGUGAGCUGCACCUGGUGCACUGGAACACCAAGUACCCGAGCUUCGGCGAGGCGGCCAGCCAGCCUGACGGACUCGCUGUGGUCGGGGUGUUCCUCAAGAUUGGAGCUGCCAACCCCAGACUUCAGAAGGUUCUGGAUGCCUUGGACGCAAUUAAAACCAAGGGAAAGCAGACCACUUUUGCCAACUUCGACGCAAAGACUCUUCUUCCCAGUUCUCUGGAUUAUUGGACCUAUGAUGGCUCUCUGACCACGCCCCCCCUGCUGGAGAGUGUCAGCUGGAUUGUCCUCAAGGAGCCAAUCAGUGUCAGCCCUGCACAGAUGGCCAAGUUCCGCAGCCUCCUGUUCACCGGAGAAGGAGAAGCUCCGUGCUGCAUGGUGGACAACUACAGACCUCCUCAGCCCCUGAAGGGCCGCCGGGUCCGUGCCUCCUUCAAAUAAACCCCCGCUUCACCUUCAAAGCUCCUUCAACGCUUCGCUUAUUCUUCCCUCCUUUCCCGAACCUUCCUCCUCCACAUGCAGCCUUCACUCACCUUAUUUCAGCCCCGACGACAUCAACUCGGAAAGUAGAAUAGAAUCCAUCUGCUCACACUUUCUAUGACAUAGACUACCUGGAUGUAUCUUGAAUGAAAUAACAUAAGCUUUGACACUAUAAAACAUCCCGCCUCAUAAUGUCGACGCACCCGAGCUAACGCAGAAAUCUGCAUCACAUCUGAUCGUGUCUGUUGACGUGUGAUCAGACGCAAAACAUCUCAAAUAUCAUUUUAAAUAUUCGAAAGGCAGAAGUAAUGUUUGUGUGACUGUAGGAAGUGUUUCAAUCAACAGUCAUUUAUCUCUAUUUAGCAUUAAUGAAAAGUCUAAAACAGACUAUUGGAUCAUGUGUGCUACAUACUACAACUGAAAAAAUACACAGAUCCACCCUUUUGGUGGAUGUCGCUCUAAAUUACACGCAGGAAUAUUUAUCAAACAAUAAUAGUCCGUUAUUUAAAAUACAUGAAUAAUAUGUUUUGCCUUGUUUGAAAAGCCUUUAUCAGUUUCCUGAAGCUCCUCCUAUGCAUUUGAUUGUGCUGUGCGUUGUGCUGCAGACAGCUGCUCAGAUUGUUGACGCCUCAUUUUGUCACUUUGAGACAAAGUGAUGACACCAGCAGUGAGUCCGGGCCGAGGCCUCCGCCCAUCGACCGGUGAUCACCUCAUGAUGGUAACGCUAUGAAACGCCACAGCGUGCUGUGAACGCCAGUUGUAUCUGGUACUGGAUGACAGAGGUCGUGUGAAUAUGAAACACUUUUAUUUUCUUCAGUGUAGAGCUUCCGUCCACAUGCGCUCAUCUUGUAUCUGCGUUACUGUGGACACGACUUUAGCCAUCUCACUCUGUCAGUGACUCUACAAGCUUCACACCUUUUAUAAGAACCAUGACAACUGAACUACCUAACACCACAGUGCAUUAAACUCCGUCUGUGAGACUCGUGUAAGACAGAGCUGGUAUGUUAUAAAGACGUGAAAGGACCAAUGUAUGACUUUGCAUUAACACAAGCUACAGUAUCAACACAGGUCGUAGACUUAAUUAUUAUCUUUGUCAACAGUGUCUAUAAUCAAUACUCCAUCUAACUGAACUGGGAUCAGUGGCAGGUCUUCAUAAGAAACCUGAGCAAUGUCACUUUUUAGCUUUUAUAUCAAUGUUAUAGGAAAUGUUAUUAAAAAAAUCAGCUUCCAGUGUGUCACUUCAAACUGCUGUCACGUUAUAGAUGGAAAGAUAUUUUGUGUGAAUCUGUCAUUAGUGAUAAAGAUUUAUCAAUAAAAACUAUUUAAAAUCUACAGAAA